AUGUCAAAACAUGUGGACAGUUUUUUGAGCCACUGUAUCUGCUAUCUGGCCAGUCUGGGCGAUGAAGAUUUUAUCAUCAAGGACCACUGGGUUCUCGGCAAGCGGGAAGAUGUCAUUUUGAAUGAGAUAGAGAUGUUGAAAUUAAUGCAAGGUGUCCCUGGCAUUCCCAAGCUAGUAGAUUAUUGGCUCAUCAUGACAUCAGAAGGUGAGGUCGACGUCACUCAAAGUUAUCGCAAAAGAGAAUGCCAGAGUACCAAGGGCACCAGUCGCACUCAUGUCCACCUUGUCCUAAAGCUGUGUGCUCGCCCCCUCCACAUAUUUCAAAUGCUGAAAGAGUUUGUGAGAGCAUUAAGGGACAUUGUGAUCAUCCAGAGAACGGCAGUGGAGGAGCACAGGAUCCUGCAUUGCAAUUGUAGUCUGAAUAAUGCGAUGAUCCUGGAUGAUCUAGACCUCAGCAAGGGGUUCCUUAUUGACUGGGAAUUUGCAGUACACAUUGCUGCAGACAAUAAAUAUCCCAUCGGUGGUAUGGGCACAGUCCCCUUCAUGUCACGCAUGCUUCUCAGCCAGGUUUCGCUUUUGCAGCAACAGGUGGUUGCAGAUGUUGAGCAGAAAAAGCUGAUGAAAGCAAACAAAUCAAAAUCAAAAUCGAAGAAUGCUCCUGCCCUGAAAACACCAAAAACCUCCUCAGAUUCUUUAGUGCUGCCCAUUUCUCAUGUGGUCCAAGGUUACUCUGAUGAUCUUGAAUCUCUUUUCUUCAUAUUCACUUGGGUUUGCAUCAAGUUCUGCAGUCCCAAUGGCAUGGUCCAUCAGGAGCACAUGCCCAAUUCCUUACUCAAUCGCUGGACCAGCCUUGACCUGGCAUCGUGUGCUGCCUUCAAGAUCACCUUUUUUGCGAAUCCAUUGGAUGAACAGCAUCUCAUAAACGAAUUUCACCCAUACUUCAAACCCCUCAUCCCCCUCACAAAGGAUUGGUGUGCAGCAUUGAAGGAUAACAUGGUUAACCCUGUUACCUUUGAUGCCAUUCUUCACAUACUCAACUUUCAUCUUGAGGAGCUUUCCAAUGAUGAGGAGCUCCAAUCCACUGUGACAAUGCUCAAGAAAACUGCCACUGCUCUUAAUGGCUUGAAAUGUGCUGCUUCACUGUCUUUGCCCAUGCCAAAGUGGAGGAAGUCGGACAACUCGCUGGAGACAUCCGAACAGGUGUAA